UCUGCCAGAAUAAUCACUCCGGUACAUGGGCUUCCUGUCCUGAUCGGCGAGGGAUGGCUGAAAAUAACCUCCUCAUCAGCGCAUCCAUACUUUUCACUGGGGCUUCGCACACAACCCUACUGGACUGGGCUAAUCUUCUACACACACCAAUCCCCAAGAAUACACAGUUCUACAAGAUGCAAGAGGUCUACCUCAUACCGGCUGUACAACAGGCCUACAGAGACCAGCACGAGGAAAUCAUCAAACGUCUCCUGGAACAUUGUGCAUCGGGCCAUACAAUUGACCUCAGUGGUGAUGCAAGAUGUGACAGCCCCAGUUUCAGUAGCAAGUAUUGCACUUACAGCUUUCUUGAUGACGCCACAAAAGAAAUUGUGCACUUUGAGUUGGUCCAGGUCACCGAGGCAUCCAGUUCUGUUGCAAUGGAGCUGACAGGGUUCCAGAGGGGACUUGAUUAUUUACUGGAGAGGGGACUGAAAGUUGGUGUUGUGACAACUGACAGAUCGCCGUCAGUUCGCAAAUUCAUGAGGGAGAACUACAGCAGCAUUCAACACGAAUUUGACAUUUGGCACGUCGCGAAAGGUGUGAAGAAAAAGCUGAUGGCCAUUUCAAGCAAGAAGGACACCAAACCCCUUGAGGAAUGGAUAAAAUCCAUUACAAAUCAUUUGUACUAUUCAUGUGGCUCAUCCAAGGGAGAUAAAGAGGUAAUGAUGAACUAUAAUGUAAUCAAAUUAGUAGAUCUUGGGCAUGGUGAUGAUACAUGUGGUAGAGGUGUGUCAUCAACCACAGGGUUUGAAAUUGCAGUUGUGCUAGUAGAUACAGUCUCCCAUGGCAGCUUUGCAUGGUUGCCUCAGUCAGUCUGCGUUGGUCAUUGGACGUCUCUCCUCAACCACAUCAGCGGAAUUCACAGAUGGGAAGAUGGUGAUUCCGAAUACGCUUGCCAACAUCCACCACUAACUGAGGACCAGCAGAGGCGCAAGAAGUGGCUGGACAAAAACUCGCCUGCUUUUCUUGGACUGCAGACAGUAGUCAUGGAUAAAAACCUCCAAAGAGACCUGAAUCAAAUGGCGCUCUGCAAGCUCACAGGAUCUCUGGAGGUGUACCAUUCCUCGAUGCUAAAAUAUGCGCAGAAACGGGUGCAUUACGGCUACGACGGCAUGAGGGCCCGCACCCAACUUGCUAUCCUGGACCAUAACGCCAAUGUUGAGCGACCACAGGCAACAACAAAAAAGGGGGAACUUAGGCACAGAUUUGUCUAUCCAAAGCAGAGCGACCAUUGGGUUGCCAAGCCCAUCUACAGAAAGACGCAACAGGCAUUCCGUGACGACCUCAUGCAGCGUGUCUUGGACAGGAGACACAACCGUCAUAUUCUCAGAACCUCCUCGUCCAGCACGGCCUCGGAGGUUGCUCCACAACAUCGCCCCAGUGCCAAGACCUGA